GCUCUCUGCAAUGUGCUGUUUACUAGUGUUGUAAAACUCAAACAGAAGAAACCCGGCACACAAUGUUUGGUUUAAUUUGUUCAGGUAGAUUACCUCAAACCGAUUUCGUAGCUGUGGACGAAAACAAAUUGCUGGCUAAUGUGCCGGAUAUUGAAAAUGUUAACUACAUUGUGUUGUUUUUGACGGGUAUAACGCCACUGCCAUUAGGAACCUCAGCUGCAAUUUACUUUAGUUGGCCAGAUGCAAAUGCCGCGCCAACCUGGCAAUAUAUGGGGCACAUCAACAACGCAAAACCCUCAGCUAUCUUUAAAAUAGCGCAACUGAAGAAGAGUCAUGAGCUGGAGUCACAUGCACAUGCGAUGGUAUUUGGAGCGCAAGAGAUUUCCCACAUAGCGCAAAUCGGCAUCUCCAUAGAGCCAGAGCUGACGGUGGCACAGCAAACGCCGGCCGUGUCCAACGCCAAUGACAACAAACAAUUUGCGCAACGCAUGCUGGAGAGCUUCUUCAACUACGUGUCCAGUUUUAGUGUAGAAAUACCGCCUGAAACCUUUGUGCCUUUUUCUGUAGUCCAAACUUGGUAUACAAAUUUCCAACGCCGCAUGGAACAGAAUCCCAACUAUUGGAAAAAUUGCUAAGUAAUAGCUUUAGUCAAUACACUAAUUAUCUUAGGGCUAAACUCAUUUAGUAACGAUUAACUUAAUUACAAUGCAUUUUUAUA